AUGCAACUGCAUCGAGGCCCGCGCCACGCACACGCACGCACCCUGCACAAACCUGUCAUCGGUACAGCUGCACAAAGCAUCGCCAUGGCUCCAUGGUACUAUCGUGUGCUACGAUCAUGGCUCGUCAUGGACCCCUCCAUAAUGGUGGAGGAUGACGAUGUGCGCCGCAACUAUCAAAUCCUGAAGCACGCUGGGCUCAAGUUUAUUUAUUUCUUUGGAGGAAGAGCCAGAACUGUCAAACAGGCUCCGAUUGCAGCGAUAUGUGGAAUCUUAAUAUUCAUACCUGGAAUUCUCUUCUUUGUCUUUGAAGCCAACUGGAUGUGGCAUAACCACCAUCGUGCCGUGGUCAUCGUGUUUGCGUAUUUCUGGGGUCUUUGUGGUCUGUGCUUUAUCAAAGCAGCCACUUCGGACCCCGGAGUGGUUCCCCGAAAUAUUCAUAUUCCGUCCAGCUUAACAAAAAUCGAGGUUCUGGAAACAGGCCCAAGAUUGGAACCGUCGUUUGCUCCCAGUGAGUACUUCAAUGUGAUUUCACUUCCCCACAAAACCUCAUCUGCUGGAGUAAAGGUGCGCUACUGCAGCACCUGCCAUAUAUGGAGGCCACCUAGAUGCAGCCACUGCUCUGUCUGCAACUCUUGCGUGCUACACCAUGACCACCAUUGCCUCUACUUGAACAAUUGCGUCGGGCUACGCAAUUAUCGGUACUUUUUGUGGUUUUUAUUAAGUGCGGUCAUCGCCAGUGCUCUUAUAUUGUACACCUCGCUCCACCAUUUGUUGAGUACUUCUUACAGAAAAACUCCCUUGAGUGUUGUUCUCGUGAUAUAUUGCGGAUUGGGUGUAUUAUAUCCACUUUUGCUACUUUGUUUCCACACAUAUAUUUCCAUGUGGAAUAUCACUACGAGAGAAUUCUUGAAUUAUGUUCGUGGUCUGCUGCUCAAACACAGCGAAAAUUUUAUUUACAGCUACAAUGGAGGUUUACUACGCAAUAUGUUCUUGAAUUGGGUGGCUCGUCCUCGGAUGUGGUCAAUUCAAGGAAUAAGAGAACACUAUGCACCGUCCGAUAUCCGCCAAAAGGCAGUUCAGCAAUUGCGUUCAUUUGAAAGCGAAAAGUGA